GUGAGUUGUGGGAGGGAAAGAUUGAAGUGUGCCAAACCAGCCAGAUUACAGAUGGUGCUGGUGCCUGUGGCUGGCAGUGCUGUGAUGGUGCAUUUGAAACCUCUGUGUUUGUAAUAAAAACGUGUGAUCCUCUGUUUUCCCCACACAGAUUACAGGGCCCGAUAAUAAAGGGAUUUAUAAAGGAGAUCGAGAGUCCAGUGGAAAAUACACCUUUGCUGCCCACAUGGAUGGAACUUACAAGUUUUGCUUUAGCAACAGGAUGUCCACCAUGACUCCCAAGAUAGUGAUGUUCACUAUCGAUAUCGGGGAAGCUCCCAAGGGGCAAGACAUGGAGACAGAAGGUGGUGGAGAUACCUGGGAUGCUCAUCAGAACAAGCUAGAAGAGAUGAUUAACGAGUUAGCAGUGGCCAUGACAGCUGUGAAGCACGAACAGGAGUACAUGGAAGUCCGUGAAAGAAUACAUAGAGCAAUUAAUGACAACACAAACAGCAGAGUGGUUCUUUGGUCAUUCUUUGAAGCCCUUGUACUAGUUGCCAUGACACUGGGACAAAUCUACUACCUGAAGAGGUUUUUUGAAGUCCGAAGGGUGGUGUAAGAUCCUUCUGUGGUCCCUGAUCUCAGUUCACUCUCUACCAAACAUCCUGGUCACAAAAAAAAAAAAAAAAAAUCAUUUAGUUUCUGAACCCUCUUUACCGAACUGUAAAACUUAUUUGCUUAUGUUCCUUCCUAGUUAAGAAAGAAAAAAAAAAAAA